UCUCUCUCUGUCUGUCAUCUCCGGCGGUUUCAAUUUGAGAGCUCCGGAGUUCGAAGUCGCCGGAGGCGAGGAGAAAAUGCCAGGGCUGAGAGCACCGUCGGAGUACUCGCGAGAGCCUCCUCGCCACCCGUCUCUCAUCGUCAACUCCAAGGAGCCUUUCAAUGCCGAGCCACCCCGCUCAGCGUUGGUUUCAUCUUAUGUGACUCCAGUGGAUAUGUUCUAUAAGAGAAAUCACGGACCCAUUCCUCUACUUGAUGACCUAGAUAGCUACUAUGUGACAAUCCAUGGGCUGAUUGAAUGUCCUAAGAAGAUAUCAAUGAGAGAUUUAUGGGCUCUUCCGAAAUACAACGUUACUGCUACUUUACAGUGUGCAGGCAAUAGGAGGACAGCAAUGAGCAAGGUCAGAAAAGUGAGGGGUGUUGGCUGGGGUGUCUCUGCAAUAGGAAAUGCUGUGUGGGGUGGCGCCAAGUUGGCUGACGUUCUUGAGCUCGUUGGAGUACCUAAGUUGACAAGUGGGACUACAUUAGGUGGAAAACAUGUUGAAUUUGUGAGCAUUGACAAAUGUAAGGAGGAGAAUGGAGGGCCCUACAAAGCAUCAAUCCCAUUAAGCCAGGCUACAAACCCUGAAGCUGAUGUUUUGCUUGCUUAUGAGAUGAAUGGUGAGACUCUUAACAGGGAUCAUGGUUACCCUUUGCGAGUGGUUGUCCCGGGUGUUAUUGGUGCCCGCUCUGUGAAAUGGUUAGACUCCAUCAAUGUAAUUGCUGAAGAGUGCCAGGGCUUCUUCAUGCAAAGGGACUACAAGAUGUUUCCACCUUCAGUAGAUUGGGAUAAUAUUGAUUGGGCAACAAGGAAGCCUCAGAUGGAUUUCCCUGUUCAGUGUGCAAUAUGCUCCUUGGACGAUGUGAAUACAGUACAACCUGGAAAGGUGAAGGUUAGUGGAUAUGCAGCAUCAGGAGGUGGACGCGGAAUUGAGAGGGUUGACAUUUCCAUUGAUGGUGGCAAGAAUUGGGUGGAGGCUUCUAGAUAUCAAAAGGAUGGCUUUCCCUAUGUUUCUAGUGAUAUUUGCAGUGACAAGUGGGCGUGGGUGCUUUUUGAAGCUACAGUUGAUAUUUCUCACAGUACUGAGAUUGUUGCAAAAGCGGUUGAUGCUGCAGCUAAUGUCCAGCCAGAAAACGUGGAAACCAUUUGGAACUUGAGAGGGAUACUGAACACUUCCUGGCAUCGCGUUCAGGUACGGGUCGGUCACUCGAAGAUGUAGACGACGAGUCGUUUACCAAGAUUCGUGGA